AUGGGUUCAGCGCCUCCAUCUCCUGCCUAUGGCAAACGACUGAUCCCGGUCGAGAUUGACAAGAUUGCACAAGACGAACCCGAUCGAGUGCUGUUCUACACUCCCUGCAAUAACCAGCCUUCACAAGGAUACGAUGUGGUGACCACCAGUAUAUUUGCCAAUGCCAUCAAUAGAGUGUGUUGGUGGCUUCAGUCCGAAGUGGGAACGGAGCCCAAGAUAAUAGGCUACAUUGGGCAGAAUGACAUUAGAUACCUGCUUCUGGUGGUGGCAGCCACAAAACUUGGCAAUAAGGUCCUCCUGUCCUCGCCACGAAAUAGCCCCGAAGUACAUCUUUCUCUGAUCAAGCAGUUUGGCUGCGAGUUCUGGAUUACAACACCAGGUGUCGGCAAAUUCGACUUCAUCAAGCCGCCCUUAAUUCGAGUGCCUGAAGUGAAUGAGCUUCUUGAUCCCAAAGUCGUCAAGCCAUAUCGCUAUGUGAAGGAAUGGCAGGAAGGACGCAAUGACACUUUGUGCCUACUUCACACCACUGGCUCGACCGGCCUGCCACGACUGAUACCGAUCACACUGGCAACCGCGUCUUCCGGUGAUGCGCUUUUGCCCACUUUGGCAGAGUGGUCUGGCACGAAAAUGCUGAACGCACUACCUUUAUUUCAUGCUGCUGGUCUAAAUUUUAGCUUGUUCUGUGUCAUUUUCUUUAGAUUUACAAUCACAUUGCCAACACGCCUCGCAUCCUGGACAAACUUGCGAAACUCAAGUUUUGUAACGUCCUCGAGUGGCCCUGUCCCGGCGCCUGUGGGUAAUAUCAUCAACCCCCGUGUCCCUAUCAUGCAGACUAUGGGUAUGACGGAAGGCCUGGUCGUGCCGUCCGUGACUACGCAUCCGGAUGAGUGGGCGUAUUACCAUUUCCAUCCAGAUUGCGGCUACGAGAUGCGACUCUAUUCGGAUACACUGUUUGAAUUGGUGUUUGUCAAGAGAAAAGAGUUGGCAGCCACCCAGACCAUCUUCCUGACAUUUCCCGAGCUGGACAUAUACGAAACCAAAGACUUGUACUCGCGCCAUCCAACAAUCCCUGAACUGUACAAGUACGAGACUCGCAAGGAUGACCUCGUCGUGUUUGCAACCGGAGAAAAGUUCAACCCUGCAGCGGCCGAAUUCCAGUUGGCUCACCACCCCUGGCUUUCCGCCGAUCGAUUGGAGGCUUCCGACCUUGAGAUCAUGGAAGAAGUGUGGCCAGCCAUUGAGGCUAUCAAUAAGACUUUGCCCGCUUUUGCCCAGGUUCACCGCAACUUUGUCCGAAUUGUGCGCAUGCCCUUCCUGCGCACACCCAAAGGUACGGUAGCACGCUACGGAAUUGAUCGGCUCUAUACCAAGGAGCUUGACGACAUCUACAGAGACUCAGUCGGCUCAGAACCUUCAUCCUCUUCGCCAGUAGCCUCCCUGCAGAUCGAAGGGAGCAGCGAGGGAACUGUCCGUGCUGGUAUCCGGGAAGCCAUUCAGAUCGUAUCGCCGGGAUUGGAACUCGAACAGGUCGAAGAUGACGAUAACCUUCUUGUACACGGCUUCGACUCACUCCAAGUAACCCGACUUUCGAGACUGCUCAGCUCUGCUUUUCCCUCCUCUCCUAUCCAAAUAAAUCCCGGCAUGAUAUAUGCGAAUGCUUCCAUGGCCAGGCUAGCACAUGUAGUGUGGGCGCAACUGCAGAGUAACGGUCAAGGAUACCAAGAAACAGAUACGGCGGAUCUCCACCGCACCAAGGCCGUAUCCCAAACAAUUUCCAAGCAUUUGCCGUCAUUCGUGUUGUCCAGGGAGCCAAAGGAAUACGUCAUCCUCACGGGCACGACGGGGGCCAUCGGCUCAUAUCUCCUUGAUGCUCUGUGCAAGAACAAUCGUGUUGCCAAAGUCUGGUGCUUGAACCGCAGCAGCAUGGAGGAUGCGGCCUGUAGACAGGCCGAGAUAUCCAAGUCGAAGGGGCUGUCCUCGAACCGGAAGAACAACGUCCGGUUUGUCCAGAUGGAUUUGGCAUCCGAGGCUCUUGGCCUGAGCCAGGCGGACUUGAGAGAGAUCCGAGACCAAGCAACGACCAUAAUUCACAAUGCAUGGGAAGUCAACUUCAAUCUCCCUCUGUCCUCCUUUGAGACACAGCUCGUCGGGCUCCAGAGUCUGGUUCGCAUCUGCACGGAGACUCAGCACAAGAUUCGCUUCUUCUUUGUCUCCUCUAUCAGUGGCGCCAUGAAUUGGCCCUCGCACAUCUUGGGCCCCAUACCUGAAACUAAGCUAACAAAUCUAGACGCCUCCAUCAACGGGUACGGCGCCUCCAAGCUCGUGGCUGAGCACCUGCUCAGCAAGGCUGCUCAAUCAGGCGUACUGCGUCUCUCGGUCCUGCGCGUGGGUCAAGUUGGAGGACCCGUUGCGACUCACGGGGAAGCGAUCAUAGACGCAUCGGCUUACCUCGGCAAACUGCCCGCGAAUCUAGGUGGUGCUACGGCCCUGGACUGGAUUCCUAUCGAUCUGUUGGCCGAGGUCAUGGGCCAGCUGAUCGAUUCGGAUGCGAAAGCAACGGGUAGUGGCACUCAGGAAGUGGAAACCUAUUACAACAUCGUUAACCCCCGAACCAUUGGCUGGGAUUCGCUGCUGCCAACCGUACAGGAUCGUCUGGAGACAGCUCUGUCGCCGAAGAAAUUGCAAGUUGUUCCCUUUUCCCAGUGGCUGGACGACUUAGAGACGGCCGAGGCCGCAAUCGUCCAAGAGACAGCGGCAAGCCGAGCGCAGACGGGGCUCAAAUUGUUGUCCUUUUUCCGGGGGAUGGCGAAAACAUUAGGUGAUGAUGCUGUCAACGCAGCUUUAUCUACCCCGAACUGGGCUGUGGGCAAUGGCUUGGCACGAAGCUCUGUCUUCGCCCAGCUGACACCUGUAUCCCCUGCCUGGUUCGAAACUUGGCUGGAUCAAUGGGGCUCCUAA